UUGAUAUCACCACAAUGACGUGUAAUACCCGGAAGUGCCUUUUGUAAACUUGCUGGUCAGCUGUACCAACUUUAGAGCAGCCUAAUCUCAUCGAGAAUGUCUUUCAAAGCGGAUAAUAUUUCAGUCUGAAAAGUGGAGCCUUUCUUUGUGGGGUAAUUUGGAUGAUACAAUGGAGGAAAAGAGUAAGAAACGUAAAAGCCCCAAACCGUCUUCCAACCAGGCUCCUCCCCCAAUCACUGCACGAAAAACAACAUCCAGUGGGAGAUCGUUCGGCGUUGGUGGUGUGGCCACGCACUCCAGUCAGAGGACGAAGUAUCGCAGGGGGAUGCGAGACAAACCAAGGCCUCAGAGUCAGUCGGGUAAGAGUAACCAGUCUGCCCCCAUCCAGCACUCUUUUCUCACAGACGUGUCUGAUGUUCAGGAGAUGGAGAAGGGGUUGCUCAGCCUUCUGAAUGACUUUCACUCUGGAAAAUUACAAGCCUUUGGUAACGAGUGCUCCAUUGAUCAGAUGGAGCAUGUGAGGGAAAUGCAGGAAACACUGGCUCGUCUGCAUUUCGACUUAUAUGGAGAAGUGGAUGAGCUGCCAGAAGACCAGAGGAAGUCUGCCUAUGACACAAACAUGGAUAAACUGUUAUUAAAUCUGGAAGAGUUAAGCUCCUCAAUACAAAAGCUUAACCUUGCUGACAGUCAAGAUGUCCCGAGAACUUCCAGCAUAUGAACUACAAAGGCUCUACCAUGGAGAAUACUGUGUGCAUAUUAAGCACAGAAAAGCUGUGGAGAAACACCAGUAUUGCAGUCAUAUCGAUGACACUGUGGAUCUUAAGUAGAGUUGGUCAGCUUGGCUUGUUUGCACUCUAUAGUUUUAUAGAUAUGAUAUCAAAGAACAAAUCCAAACAGUCAUGAUGAAAUGCUCACUUGUCCUUCUCAUCGCAUCAUUUCAUGUUACCACAAGGAAAAUAUGUUGUGACUUCUAAUCUCAUGUCUUAAAUGCUGCCUUGGAGUUGUACAAUAGCAGCACCUUUGCAUUAUCACUCAUUCACUUUAACAAGGAACUGAUGAGCUCAGUUUGUAUUUAUUUAUGUCCUGUCUUAAGGCAGUUAAUAGAAAGAUAAUGGCAGGUUAUUUUUUAACAAGAUGUCAGAUUCAUGAGACUACUAAGACUGCUGAAUUAAAGUAAAAUAAGGUUGUAUAUUUUUGGUUAUAGUCAUAUUUACAUAUUUUAUUUUGAUUUAAAAUGUUGGAAAUGUAAAGUGCAACCUACUGGCUAAUUGUUGAUUGAACUUUUUAUUCAUGCUUCUAUCAAUAAAGUUCAAGUUGUAUUACCCCA